AUGGCACUCAAUCUUGAGAAGCAGCUGCUCUUCUAUGGAGCUUACCACAACAACCCUGUGAAUGUCGCAAUUCACAUCACUUGUGUACCGAUCCUGCUGUUCACCGGCAUCGUCCUGGCAUGUAACUCUCCAGCACUCCUUCCAGCCCCCGAGGCCCUACGCUUCGAAUACCUCCCCGCCAACGCAGGCACAAUCGGAGCAUUCAUCUACGCCUUUUUUUACGUCCUUCUCGAGCCGGUCGCUGGUGGUCUGAUCGCGCCCUUGGUGAUCGGCUCCGCGGCCGCUGGGAAUUACCUUCUCGGAACGCACGGCAUGGUUGUGAACUACUGGGCUGGUGGAAUCCAUGUUGUCUCGUGGUUGGCGCAGUUUGUCGGCCACGGCAAGUUCGAGGGACGCGCGCCGGCGUUGCUGGAUAAUUUGGUUCAGGCGUUGCUGCUUGCGCCGCUGUUUGUUUGGAUGGAGAUUCUGUUCUUCUUUGGGUAUCGGCCUGAGUUGAAGGAGCGGAUGGAUAAGAGUGUCGAGAAGGAGAUUGAGAAGUUCCGCAGGGAGAAGGAGGUGAAGAAAAGUGGUGGUGGUGGUGCCCAGUAA